AGCCAAACGUGGUGGUGAAGAGAAGAGAGCAUCCCAUCGCCGUCGCCGUGGAGAUUCCGUCGCCACAAAUGCCGCCGCCGCCGUGCCUGACCCUCUGCCGCCUCCCCGCGGCCAACCUCGGCCUCCCUUGGUCGGCCCCGUCCCUGCCCAUCACCCGCAUCGCACUCGCCGCUCGUCGCGCCAGGGCCGUCGCCGCCAGGGCAUCCUCUUCCUCAUCCUCCUCCUCGUCGACGGACUCCUCCUUCGGCUCGCGGAUGGAGGACUCCGUCAAGAAGACGCUCGCCGACAACCCCGUCGUAAUCUACUCCAAGUCCUGGUGCUCGUAUUCCAUGGAGGUCAAGGGUCUCUUCAAGCGGAUCGGCGUGCAGCCCCAUGUCAUCGAGCUCGACCAUCUCGGCGCUCAGGGACCACAACUGCAAAAGGUGCUAGAGAGGUUAACUGGACAGUCUACUGUUCCUAAUGUUUUCAUCGGUGGAAAGCACAUUGGUGGCUGUACAGAUACUGUGAAGCUUUAUCGCAAAGGGGAGCUAGCUACGAUGCUGUCAGAAUUGGAUAUCGAAGUGAACAGCUCAUGAUGACAAUUUGAGGUUUAUUUGAUUCGUGGCUUCAUGUACUGAGAUUUGCUUGCAGAUCCAUCUUGACUUUGAGGGGAACUGAUGGUGUUUGUGCAUCUAUGUUAGUAGCCAGUUAAUUUUGGUUCGUCUAAUGUAUAUCUGUUUGCCUAUCAAUGCCUGUGGCACGCUUGAUAAAAGGCGUAGACUUGACUUACUGCUGGCAAUGGUUGUGUUUGCUGUCUCGUGUCGAGGGUGAACCAGAACGAAAAGGAUGAAUCUGUGUAUGGCCAGUUUUACUGUCAAUGUUGAAAUUGUGAAUCGAUUUGUGGUUGUUGGA